UGUUUGUGCGAUUUUGUUACUACAGCCCUGUCGUCUCGAUUUACUGUCAUGUGGCAGCCGUCAUGAGUCGGUUUGAUCGACCAAAAUUUCUAGUUUCAUGCCUGCGUGACUGGUUGCAUAGGACCUGAAAAUACACGGACGUGCUUUCUACUCAACCAGAAUAAUUCAAUCUGCUUCCAGGACAAAUGGAUCAUUGUCUAAAAGAAAAAUUAUCCGCUAGCCAGUAAAAAAAACGACAAAACAAUGUGGCUGAUUCGUAUUCCCGUUGAUUUUCGUCGCGGUUUCGCCGUAUUCUAUCUCAGCUAUAGUCUGCUCAGUCUGCUUUCUACACAUAUACACGGGGUCACAUUUGACGCUCACUUGCGUGAGAAUGGUACUCAGAAUUCCAGUGCACCCCUCCACCGGGAAGCCCGCAAUGCAAAACCUGUGAUUUACAUCGGUGUAAUUUUGGCUCAGGGUGAUGAAGACAUGGAGGCAGCCUUUCGGACAAGUGUGGAUUCUGCAAAUCAAGUGCUUGCUCAAAGUGUCAACCUGCGUACUCAUCAGCUGGAGCCUAUCAUUGAAGUAGUGUCAAGGGAUAAUGUGUUUCUGGCCACACAACAAGCAUGCAAGCUAAUGACAAACGGCAUUGUGGCCUUGUUCGGUCCGAAUGUCCGCGCUCUUUCACAAGCUUUGCUUUCUCUGGCCAACCGAUUUGGGAUACCGUACGUUGAGACCUACUGGAAUCACUACGCGACACCAGGAACCUACUCAGUUAGUAUGCACCCAAAAGUACACAGUUUCGGCCUUGGGCUAUAUGAAUAUCUCACUCAAGUUGAGAAGUGGCGUCGGAUGAACAUUAUUCAUAAUCAACCUGAAAAAUUGCUGAAAUUCACCACGCUGGUGAACAGUUUUGAAGGAACGGCAAAAGUGAAGACCUGGAGUUCAGGUUCGGCUUCAGCGAAAUCCAUGAUGGCGGAACUUAGCACCAGUUCCGAGAAAACCUUCCUUAUCGAUAUCCCUGCCUGGCAAGCGCGUGACUUUUUGGUGAUGGCCUUUGUACACAAUAUGACCGGACCUCAGUUCAGCUACUUUUUUACGGACUGGGAUGUUGGCCUACUGGACCUGACUGCCUUCAAAGUGGAUGCUGGAGCCCAGAUCAAGACAAUCUCUAUACUAUCCAAAACGGGUAUUAAAAAGGCCAUGCAAAACCCAGGGGUCUAUCAGGCUAGCUCAGUACCACUUCCCAUACCUCAAACAAUCGACUCGAAUCUUGGACCGCCAAAACAGGGAAUCACGGGUGUGCUAAAUACUCAGUUCGGGAUCCUCUACGAUAGCUUCUUGUUAUUGGCGCAUGGACUCGUCACUGUCACACGAACACGUCCACUGUUGCCGCAAAAACUAAGUUGUGAACGACCACCCGGACUUUGGCCACUCGGCUUGAGUUUGAUCAAUGCUAUGAAAUCGGUAUCACCCGAUGUUGUUGGAGGCAUCACAGGACAAUUCAGAUUUGACAGAGAUGGCCAGAGAACAAUGUUCGAUUUGACCACGUUGGAACUAACUGAGGGCGGUUUUACCCCGAGUGGUGUGUGGAACAUCGACGAACGGAUGAAAGUGGUCAAGAAAAUUAUCAAACGGCCAAACAAACACCCUAGCAGCAUGAAUGACGUGGUCCUAUCUGUAACGACGAAAGCAGAUCCACCAUUUAUGAUUUCAAUCAGUUCAGAUGCAUACGGGAAUCCAUUACCACAUCCAGAUGCGUGGACAGGAUAUUGCAAAGAGCUAUUGGACGCUCUGGCUGCUGAAGUCGGCUUCAAUUACACGAUUCAAAUCCCUAAAGAUGAUCAAUACGGAUCUGCAAAAACGUUGCCGAACGGUACGGUUGUGUAUAAUGGAAUUAUGGGGCAACUGAUUCGAAAAGAGGUGGAUAUGGCCGUUGCCGGAUUCACUAUCACCUAUGAACGUGAGAAACUGGUGGAUUUCAGUACACCUUGGAUGACAAUCGGUGGAAGUAUUUUGUUUACCAGACCAAAAAGUCAGAAACCUUCCUUGUUCUCGUUUCUGCAACCACUGGCACCCAAGGUUUGGCUGUACGUCGUUGCAAUCUACCUGGCUGUGUGUUUGUGCAUGUUUGCCGCAGCUCGUCUAUCGCCUUACGAAUGGAAUGCUCCACAUCCCUGUGACGAGGAUUCAGAUGUGACAAAAAAUCAGUUCACCCUGCUUAACAGUUUCUACUAUUACAUUUCGGCUUUGCUGAAUCAAGGUGUUGAACUCGCACCUCAAGCUACCUCGACUAGGCUUCUAACCGGAGUUUGGUGGUUCUUCGGGCUCAUCAUAAUCGCCACAUACACAGCCAAUUUGGCGGCUUUCUUGACGGUGGAAAACACCAAAUCGCCAAUUGAAAGCGUGGAAGAUUUGGCCAAUCAAGAGAAGAUCAAAUACGGAACGUUACGUAGUGGAUCCAGUCGCGAUUUUUUCAGAACAACCACGAUACCGGUUUUCAAAAAGAUGGGAGAGUUUAUGGACAAGUAUCCAGAUGUGACAACACCAGACACCAGGACAGGAAUUGAGCGCGUUCGCGCCGGUGGUUAUGCAUUUAUUCUGGAGUCCUCUUGGAACGAGUAUUAUGUACAACGUGACUGUUCUCUCAUGCAAGUAGGUGCACUACUUGAUUCGAAAGGGUAUGGAAUCGGAUUUCCACAAGGUUCCGUUUGGCGUGAUCCAGUUUCCAAGGCGAUAUUGAAACUACAAAACAAUCAGGUCUUGGCAAACCUAAAGCGAAAAUGGUGGAACGAAUACAAUAUAACGGAGCCCUGCUCGUUGCUCAAGGAGAGAAACAAGGCACCCAGUCCGUUGGGAGUGGAACAGGUUGGGGGAGUGUUCAUAAUGCUCCUAGUGGGAUUUCUACUUGGAUUCAUCGUGUCCAUUAUCGAAUUUGUAAUUGCAACACGUGACCAGAAAAGAGUCACUGUCUUGAAAGGUAUGUGGCGGGAACUGAAAUUCGCUUCACGUUGUCUCACGACAUCCAAGCGACUCAAAUCUGAGGUUCACAAACUACCCCGUUCCAGAUCAAACAUCAAACUGGUUACGUCGAUACCGAGUAGCAUGAACGUACUGGACAAUAGAAUCUCCCUUCCUCCAGCUCCCAACAUGGAAUCGAAAGUAGAUGGUCAAUCCAGGGACCCAUUGAUAGUCCCUUCAUCAGGCCCGGAGCAGAGUGAGCAACCUCCACAAUCACGUGAUAUACCAGUCAAUAUAGGGUUCACAUGUGCAAGUUCCGCUGAUCACAGUGAUUUGUCUGCUGACAUGCCGCCAGAUUAUCCGGUUGAUCAGGAAAUGCAACGGAGACCACAAAGAACAGCGGUCAGACGACUUGGGCCUCAGCAGCGAGGCACAAAACCAGUACAAAACCCUGAAAAUACCUGGAUGAACGGGCAUGAGCUUUGGCAGUUCAGUCAACCGCGUUGAUCAGUUGUGCACACUUUGUUGUCGUCGUCUCCUUCUUCUUUAUUAUUGUUUAUCCUUGUCCAGUGGUGAAAAUUGUUUUUCGUAUUAUGUGGUAGCGUACUGUGACGCCUCAAGUGACAGGCAAGUGGUCUUAGCCAAAUUACACUGUGACAAGGGACAACCAGUAGCACAAUGGUGUUCCUAUACGAGUAUGCAUCUGUGCAACUACAUAUACCCAGUGCCUGUCCCACACCUGUGUUAGGCUGCUCAUUUUCUUCUUGUUUUCUCGCCUAUUUCAACAAAUUGAAAAGGACGUAUCCCCAGUUCAAAAUGCUGACAUCCAAAUAUCAGGCAAGUAAUUUAUGGGCAGACAAACACUGUCAGAUGGACAGAAAACAAAUAAAUGUUUGGGGGAAGAUCAUCCGUGAAACGGAAGUGUUGAUGAAAGAA